AUGAUCCCUAUCAAGGUAAAGUACUUUGAGGAGGGUCCCUCAUGGACGGAGAAACGCUCCUCGGCGCCAUCGGCAGCGGCGGUGGUGGCGGGGUCAACAUCAACGACAGGGGGAGCGGCGUCAACGUCCGUGGUGAAGGCCUUCUCGGUGAGCAGUAUUGACCUCAACGGGGGGCUCUCCUCGCUGGGAGAGAUGGAGAGUUUCAGCAACGCCUUGGCUGCCGCAUCGCCUUCGUUUGUUUUUGUCCACAACGCCACGCUGGCGGCACGGCAGCAGAUGAUGCAGUCGUCUUACGUGCGCAAGAUGUACGGCAUCACCGAUCUUGUGCGCUACGAGCCGCGGGAGGGGGGCGAUCGAGGCAGUCUCGCACUUGUGCGCUUUGGUGUCAGCUGUGAUAGCGUUGAUAACGCCGCCAGGCUGCUCGACAACAGCCACUACAGUAGUGGGAUUGUCCGCUUCUUUAUGAUGCUGCAGGUACGUUCCUUCGCGGGUGCCUCAGUGACGAUUGCCGCGUUGUAUAUUGAUCCUACCGUUAUGCUCUGGGAGCGUAUGGCGGUUUGCACGAGUCUUUUCCCGCAUCUUGCCAAUUCGGAGCUUCUUCUGCUUGUUUCAAACUUGUUCUUUUCGCCGACAGGCGUGUUAAACGCGGAGAGGAGUGUGGAACUGCGCGCCGUCUGCACGGCGAGGGGCUUCAACGACGCCGCGGAGGAGGCUGCAGAGAAAGGCGGCGGCGGCGGGCAACAAGAGUGGUCCAUCUGGGUGAAAUCGUCAAAGUUUGUCGUGACGCAUCAUACCCACGAGGCGGCAGCGCCGUCGGCAGCCGCAGGAGCGUCGAAAACGACGCCAGCCAUUACCACCGUCACGCUAUUGUCCCGUGGUGCGACGACAAUUGCCAUCCCGCAGCCCCGCAGCGCGAAGAGCGGGAACCAGCGUGGCUCGCCGACGUCGACGUCCACCCCGGCCAUCAUGACGGAUCCUGCCAUUCUAAGCGCUGAGGCGGCUGGAAAAGGAACCAUGACAGCGAAGAGCGGUGGGAGCGUCAUCAUUGAGCGGCUUUUACAGCAGCAGCAGCAACAACAACUGCAGCAACAACAACUGCAACAGCAGCAGCAGGCAGCGCCACGCUGGCGGACGUCGCAUACAUACACGUUGAAGAACAAUGAUAAAUUAAACAGUCAUGAAUUGGCGUUUGAUGUUUCAGCGCACUUCUCGUCUGUGCCCGAGUUGGUGGAGGCGCUGAACAGCAGGGCGAUUUACUGGCCCGCAGACUACUGCGUGGUGCACAGCGUUAUCCUCGCAAGCGACAAUGUUGGCCAGGGUGACAAACGUGUGAUGUUCCGCCGAUAUGCCCGAGAGUACAAGAACGGGGCGGCCCUGCUAUCGCAGAUGGUUUUACCGGGUGGGAAUGUUGCGUUCACCACCGCUGCGAACACUACCAGCAGCAACGUCCAUGGCACCGUACAAGAGGUGAUUGCGGAGAAGGCAUCGUGGCUGAAGCGUGUGGUCACCGUGACAAACCAUGCAAGCGGCGAUAAUAACGGUGAUGAUAUCCCUCCAUUUCUUCCCGGCACAUGGGCACUGAAGCGGGAGGAGGAGGUGCGGAGCCGAAUCUGGGACAUCUCAUGGUGCACCGUUGUCUACCAGGUGACGCCGCGUGAGAUGAAGUUCAACAUUACAUCGGCUGUUGGGCUUGGCAAAGACAACCUUCAAAAGGCCGUUCAGUGGCUCAACCUGCGUUCACAGUCGAAUGCAAAAGUUACUCACGAAAAGGAGAAUCCGCUGCGGAACUACGCGUACGAUUACGCCCUGUUGUUCUCCAUGGAGCUCCAGGGGUACUACCUUAUUGCGGCCACCCAUGUGCCAUGCGACAUUGUGGCUUGCCGUGCAGCCGCGUGA